AUGGUUCGCAAAACUCUAGACAAUGUCCAGCUCCUAGGCAAGCUAGACUCCUCUCCAAAGUACCCUUCAAACACUACACCUCAGCACCUAUUAACCAAAAGUGCCUUGGAAUUCAUCACUCUGCUACACCGUACUUUCAACCCAACCAGAUUACAACUACUAUCCAACAGAGAAAAAGUUCAACAACACUUAGACAAUGGUGGCGAACUCACUUUCCUUCAAGAGACUCAACAAAUUAGAAAUGAUCCAACAUGGACUGGUCCUCCUUUAGCUCCUGGUUUAAUUGCAAGAAACACCGAGAUCACAGGCCCUCCUUCUUCAAGAUCAAUGUUGGUUAAUGCUCUAAACUCUGAUGUCAAGACCUAUAUGACCGAUUUAGAAGAUUCUGCUUCUCCAACUUGGGAAAAUGUCAUUUAUGGUCAAUUGAACCUGUAUGAUGCCAUUAGAGGUCAAGUUGACUUCACAAAUGAACAAACUGGUAAGACUUAUAAAGUCAACAAGGAAAAAACCACCCCAACUUUGAUCCUAAGACCAAGAGGUUGGCAUAUGGUUGAUAAUCACAUCUUGGUGGAUAAUGAACCCAUCUCUGCUUCUUUAUUUGAUUUUGGGUUAUAUUUUUUCCACAAUUGUCAUGAAUUGAUAAAAUUGGGUCAUGGUCCUUACUUCUAUUUACCCAAGAUGGAACAUCACCUAGAGGCUAGAUUAUGGAAUGAUGUGUUUAACGUUGCUCAAGACUAUAUGGGUAUCACAAGGGGUACAAUCAGAGCCACUGUUCUUAUUGAAACCCUACCAGCCGCUUUCCAAAUGGAGGAAAUCAUCUGGGAAUUGAGACAACACUCCUCAGGUUUAAACUGUGGUCGUUGGGAUUACAUCUUUUCCACAAUCAAAAGAUUAAGAAACGACCCAUCCCAUGUCUUGCCAGAUAGAGACCAAGUCACAAUGACUUCACCAUUCAUGAAUGCCUACGUUGAGCAACUCAUCAAGAUUUGUCACUCGAGAAAAGUCCACGCAAUGGGUGGGAUGGCUGCUCAUAUCCCCAUCAAGAAUGACAUCCAGGCUAAUAACGCUGCAAUGGCCAAAGUGCAAAAUGACAAGAUUAGAGAAUUGACAAAAGGUCAUGAUGGGUCCUGGGUCGCACAUCCAGCGUUGGCACCCAUUUGUAACGAGGUUUUCCAGGAAAUGGGCACUCCUAACCAGAUCCAUUUCAUCCCUGAUUAUAAAACAAAUGCUGAGGAUUUAACAAACACCAAGAUUGACAAUGCAAGAAUCACGGAAAAUGGGAUAAGAAUCAAUUUAUACAUUGGGUUAUCAUACAUGGAGGCCUGGCUCAGAGGGUCUGGUUGUGUCCCGAUAAAUAACCUGAUGGAGGAUGCUGCCACUGCUGAAGUUUCAAGAUCUCAAUUGUAUCAAUGGGUUAAACAUGGUGUGGUUUUGGAUGACACGGGGGAGAAGGUUACACCUGAAUUGACAACAAGAUUGUUGAAAGAGGAGACUGCUAAAUUGUUGAAGAAUGCUCCUGUUGAUAAUAAAUUUGAAAUUGCUGCUGGUUAUUUCAAGCCGGAAAUUAGAGGUGAGAGGUUUAGUGAGUUUUUAACUACAUUGUUGUAUGAUGAGAUCUCCACUAUUGGUGAGCCAGUUGAUUUGUCAACAUUGAGGGAGUGA